CCCGCCAUCGCGAGGGUCUGCCUCCUUGGUGGCGGGAAAAGUUGGUACAUUUGCCCGCCGGUGCCGGAUCAUUUCUGGAGUCUGCGUGUUUCUGCUUUGGAGGAGGCAGGCCCGGAGGCUGCGAGCAAUGGCGGGGACCGUGGUGCUGGACGAUGUGGAGAUGCGUGAGGCGCAGAGAGAUUACUUGGAUUUCUUGGAUGAUGAGGAAGAUCAGGGAAUUUAUCAGAGCAAAGUUCGGGAGCUGAUAAGUGACAAUUUGUACCGACUGAUUGUCAAUGUGAAUGACCUGCGCAGGAAGAAUGAGAAGAGAGCUAAUCGCCUCCUGAACAAUGCUUUUGAGGAACUGGUUGCCUUCCAGAAGGCCUUAAAGGAUUUUGUGGCCUCAAUUGAUGCUACUUAUGCCAAACAGUAUGAGGAGUUCUACAUAGGAUUGGAGGGCAGCUUUGGCUCGAAACAUGUCUCUCCCCGGACCCUUACUUCUUGCUUCUUGAGCUGUGUGGUCUGCGUAGAGGGCAUUGUCACUAAAUGUUCUCUGGUUCGUCCCAAAGUGGUCCGCAGUGUUCACUAUUGUCCUGCUACCAAGAAGACCUUAGAAAGACAUUACUCUGAUCUUACCACCUUGGUGGCCUUUCCAUCCAGCUCUGUUUAUCCUACGAAGGACGAGGAAAACAAUCCCCUGGAGACAGAAUAUGGCCUCUCAGUCUACAAAGACCACCAGACCAUCACCAUCCAGGAGAUGCCCGAGAAGGCCCCAACUGGCCAACUGCCUCGUUCUGUGGACGUCAUUUUGGAUGAUGACCUGGUGGAUAAAGUGAAGCCUGGUGACCGAGUCCAGGUGGUUGGGACCUACCGCUGUCUUCCAGGGAAGAAAGGAGGCUACACCUCAGGGACUUUUAGGACUGUAUUGAUUGCCUGUAAUGUGAAGCAAAUGAGCAAGGAUCUUCAGCCUUCAUUCUCUGCUGAGGAUAUAGCCAAGAUCAAGAAGUUCAGUAAAACUCGCUCUAAGGAUAUCUUUGACCAACUGGCCAGAUCAUUGGCCCCUAGUAUCCACGGUCAUGACUAUGUCAAGAAGGCAAUUCUCUGCUUGCUCUUGGGAGGGGUGGAACGAGAUCUAGAGAAUGGAAGCCACAUUCGUGGGGACAUCAAUAUUCUUCUAAUAGGAGACCCAUCUGUUGCCAAGUCACAACUGCUUCGAUAUGUGCUAUGCACAGCACCCCGGGCUAUCCCUACCACUGGCCGGGGCUCCUCUGGCGUGGGCUUGACAGCAGCUGUUACCACUGACCAGGAAACAGGAGAGCGCCGCCUGGAAGCAGGGGCUAUGGUCCUGGCUGACCGAGGUGUGGUUUGCAUCGAUGAAUUUGACAAGAUGUCUGACAUGGACCGCACAGCCAUCCAUGAAGUGAUGGAGCAAGGCCGAGUCACCAUCGCCAAAGCUGGCAUCCAUGCUCGGCUGAAUGCCCGCUGCAGUGUUCUGGCUGCUGCCAAUCCUGUGUAUGGCAGGUACGACCAGUACAAGACGCCUAUGGAGAACAUUGGGCUGCAGGACUCCCUGUUGUCUCGAUUUGACUUGCUGUUCAUUAUGUUAGACCAGAUGGAUCCUGAGCAGGAUCGGGAGAUCUCAGACCAUGUCCUUAGAAUGCACCGAUAUAGAGCCCCUGGAGAGCAGGAUGGUGAUGCUAUGCCUUUGGGGAGUGCUGUGGAUAUCCUGGCUACAGAUGAUCCCAACUUUGACCCAGAAGAUCAACAGGACACGCAAAUAUAUGAGAAGCAUGACAGCCUUCUACAUGGGACUAAGAAGAAAAAGGAGAAGAUGGUGAGUGCAGCUUUCAUGAGGAAGUACAUCCAUGUGGCCAAAAUGAUUAAACCCAUCCUAACACAGGAGUCAGCCACCUACAUUGCAGAAGAGUACUCACGCCUGCGCAGCCAAGACAGCAUGAGCUCGGACACUGCCAGGACUUCUCCAGUUACAGCCAGGACACUGGAAACUCUGAUUCGAUUGGCCACUGCCCAUGCAAAGGCCCGCAUGAGCAAGACUGUAGAUCUGCAGGAUGCAGAGGAAGCAGUGGAGCUGGUCCAAUAUGCGUAUUUCAAGAAGGUUCUAGAGAAGGAAAGGAAACGUAAGAAGCGAGAUGAGAGUGAAUCAGAGGCAGAAGAUGAAGAAGAGAGUGGCCAGGAAGUCCAGGAGCAGAAGAAGAAGAGGAGGAGGACUCGUCGCUCAGAUGCCAAGGAUGGGGAGUCCUAUGACCCCUAUGACUUCAGUGACACAGAAAAAGAAAUGCCUCAAGUGCACACACCAAAGACAGCAGACACGCAGGAGACUAAAGAUUCACAGGAGACCAAGGAGGCCGAGUCCCAGAAAGUGGAAUUGAGUGAAUCCAGGUUGAAGGCCUUCAAGGCAGCCCUCUUAGAAGUGUUUCAGGAAGCUCACGCACAGUCGGUGGGUAUGAAUCGCCUCACGGAAUCCAUCAACCGGGACAAAGAAGAACCCUUCUCUUCCGAGGAGAUCCAGGCUGCCCUGAACAAGAUGCAGGAUGACAACCAGGUCAUGGUGUCCGAGGGCAUCAUCUUCCUCAUCUGAGGAUGCCUCAUCGUUGAACUUUGGGCUUCUGCAAGAAAAUUUCUCCUAUAUUUCCUUCCCUCGCCUCCACUCCCUUGACCAUUCCACUGUCUUUGCCUUCAUUACUUGAAUAACAGUGUUGAACUGAACUGAGGUUGUGGGUUUGGGACUCGGUGGAAGCUUUGAGAAUGAGUAUCAAACAGGGACAUGGAAGCAGAAAAGAGAGUGAUUAGAUAGACCAAGCAUCUUUGCUCUAAGCAACUGGUUCCCAUCACAAGAACAAACCAGACCUUUAUUUUUCAAUAAAUAACUUGAAUCCUGUUUCGUUUUAUGGAAUAGGGGGGCAUAAUUGGUCUCUUUAUCCUUUCUAUUUGUUGACUAUUUCUUUUCUCCCAGCACUUACCGGUCAUUUAAGGAGCAGUCUGGGGGCUUUUAUGCUGGUGGAGAGAUGCUCUUGAGGCAGGUUCUGAGCUCAAUUUUCUCUAUACCAGUUGUGAUUAGUAGUACAUUAUUAUUAUAUUAGUAUUCGUAUAAUUACCCAAGGCCUGGAAUAAACGUAGCCUAUAUUUUUACUGUACUCAUGGCCUUAACGACUGUAUGUUUAAAGCAUGGGAGUAAUUUUCUUGGCUGGAUCCCAGUUCAGUAUUAAAGCAGGCAAUAUAUUU